UGUGAAACAAUGCACUUCACAUUAUUGUGGUUAAGCAACCUUGGAAAGUUGGCGGUUGGUUUAGCUUAUUGGAACAUUGGUAUAUAAGGCAAAAUUUACCACGCUGAACUCACAGUAGGUUUCAUUCCUCACACUAUGAUCAGAAAGGGUGUUACUGAGAGUUUUGGGGCAGCAGUCUCCUGUCUGAGCACAUCUCAUCUGACAGAUGAAGUGAUUAGGAGGAGUAAGCGAAUGAUACUGGACACGCUGGGAGUGGGAUUGCUUGGAACCAGUACUCCAGUCUUUAACACAGUCCUUCAGAGCAGCCAAAAGCAGCAAGCACUGGAAAACAGCAAGGUCUGGGGAAGACCAGGAUUAUCUGUUCCACCUCAGUAUGCUGCCUUUGUUAAUGGUGUUGCAGUGCACUCUAUGGACUUUGAUGACACUUGGCAUCCAGCCACUCACCCCUCUGGUGCUGUGUUGCCGGCUCUCCUAGCGCUGGCUGAAACACUGCCUGCUAAACCCUCUGGCCUGGAGCUGUUGCUGGCUUUCAAUGUAGGCAUAGAGGUUCAGGGGAGACUCCUGAGGUUUUCUAAAGAGGCUCACAACAUUCCCAGAAGGUUUCACCCACCUGCAGUCGUUGGGGUCAUGGGCAGCGCGGCUGCUUCGGCUAAACUUUUGGGUCUCCCGGCAGCCCAGAGCAUAGCAGCUCUAGCGAUAGCCUGCUCAUCUGCUGGAGCUCCCAUGGCAAACGCUGCUACUCAAACCAAACCUCUUCACAUGGGCAAUGCUGCCCGCGGGGGUCUGGAGGCCUCCCAGCUCGCUCUCCACGGCCUUGAGGGUAAUACACAGAUUCUGGAUCUGGAAUCAGGAUUCGGGGCCUUCUAUCCAGAUUAUGUCCCUCGCCCACUGGCUGAGGUCACCCCUACUUCUCAGUACAGAUGGGUGUUAGAAGACCAGAACAUCGCACAGAAGCGAUUUCCCGCACACCUCGGCAUGCACUGGGUGGCGGACGCAGCAAUAGAAGCAAGGGCGAAGUUUCUGGAUAAAUACCCAAAUGCAAAUCUCAGUCAAAUUAAGAAGAUCACAUUGAGAGUGCCCUCAUCCAGAUAUGUAGACUGCCCUUUUCCGGUUAGCGAACACCAGGCCAGACACUCCUUCCAGUUCAACUGCUGUACAGCACUGCUUGAUGGUCAGGUCACGGUUGAAUCCUUCAGCAAAAGCCAGAUGAACAGGAGUGCCCUAAAAGAGAUGCUUCUGAAAGUAGAGUUGGAAAACCCACAAGACAAUCAUUCAAGCUUUGAAAAGAUGUAUUGCGAAAUUGCUGUGGAGACAACACGGGGGGAAAUGUUCACAGCACGCUGCAACACUUUUUACGGUCACUGGAGGAAACCACUGAGUCAUGAGGAUCUGGUGAAGAAGUUCAAGGCUAAUGCUUCGACUGUGCUGACCGCUGAUGUCAUGGAGGGUAUUAUUUACACUGUAGACCGUCUGGACACAAACCAAGACUGCUCAAUGCUUUGGUCAUACAUGCACUUUAAUAAGCACAGGAUGCACAGAGAUGAGCGCCGCUUCUCAGCUUUGGCUUGAAUUAUUGUGUAAUGUCACUUGCGUUAUUCAGGCUUAUAGAAAGUAUAAAAGACCUGCCUUAUUCAAACCCGUCAUGACUUUCCAUAUUCUCACUUUGGUGGAUUUGUCACCAGUUCUGAAGUAGUUGUAGCAAACUUUUGAUGGCAAAUAAGAUAAAUGUGUAAAUUCUGAGAAGGUAAAAGUUAAAAGCAUGAAAAGCACUGUACUAUUUUGAUUGAAAUAUGGCAUUUUGUAUUCUAACUAAAUAGUUACAAGUUAUUUACUCACAAAAAUACAUUUUUACUUUCAUUUAGACAUUAGCAAGUGUUCAUUUUGGACCUUUUCUAUAUCUUAUAUAUGUAUUUUGAGUGUACUGUGGCUAGCCUAUUUCUGCAAUGUCAGAUUUUUUUUUAAAAUACACAGCAUUAAGUAACAGUGCUCUUUCAUCAGAUAGUUUUUACCAGAGGGCAGAAAGUUCCUUCCACUUGUCAAAAUGAAAGUGAAGAGAGAAAUUAAUACAGCUUUGUUCAUUUUAAGGUUUCACAUCAUUUUCAUCUUUGGAUUUUACACCACCAUGUUUUCUGUUCUGUAUUUUGCUGAAAUUACCUGUUGUACUGUAUCUUUGUUUAUGUAAUAGCCACACAAAGUUUGGUAGUGGUAAGAUUGUUUUUUAAAUGUUUUUGAAAGAUUUUAAUAUACUUUUUAAAAUUCAGAUAUCAUUCUAAUAUGCUGAUUUGCUGCUCAAGAAACAUUUCUUAUGAUCUGUGUUGACAAAGGUAGUGCUGCUUGUUAUUUUUGUGGAAACCGUAAUACAUUUUUCGGGAUUCUUUCAUGAAUAAAGAUUUCUAAAGAAA